AUGAAUGUGCCCGUCCUGCUCCCGCUGAUUCAGACCCAGCACCAGCCGAGCACAUGUCCCGCCUGUGUCCGGCUCCUCCACCUCCUCCGCCACGCGCCCGCUCCAGAGCCGGAGCAGAGCCGCUCCAGAGCCGCUAGAGAGCCGGAGCAGAGCCGGAGAAGAGCCGCCCCAGAGCCGGAGCAGAGCCGCUCCAGAGCCGGAGCUUCCACAGUCAAACAGAAACACAAAUCCCAGGAUGUUUGUAGCAUGAAGCUCGCUGUGUGUCUGUGGAGCAUCUGCGCCUCUGCGCUGCGCUUUCUGCUGCGCCGAGGCUUUUGCACAAAAGUUUGUAGAGACUCACCAUUUCAGCAGAAACCCCGCGUCUCCAUCGGGAAUGUGCCACACUAUGGCAUUAAACGUUAUGGAAACCAGCAGGUGGUGGCACCAGGCCAUGUUACAGACGGAGCGUACUCGAGGUUUCAUCUUUUGGAGAGACCCGUCGGACACCACCUGCCCGCCUACAUGGUGCAUCUGUACCGGAAUUUCACUACCAACUUUUCCAGCCUGGUGGAUGCCAGUGAGCAGAGCGGAGCGAGGCGCGCGGACACGGUCAGGAGCGUCAUGGCGCAAAGCUUGACGUAUAAACAAACUGGCUGGAUCGUGACCUUUGACCUCCACACAUUACUGGCAGAUCAGCAAAUCCAAGCGGCCGAACUUCGAAUCCGAUUUCCCCGAAAUCAAAGCGUCUCCAACGUCACUGUGGACGUCUACCACCACCAAACCCGCCAGGGCCCAGCGCUCGCGGCCUCCAAGCCCCGUCCAGAGCCCCGUCUGGUGGGCACGCUCGACCACACCGCCCUGGUCUCUGGAGCUCACAGCUGGAGAGUCUACAACAUCACCUCUCCACUUUUGAACUGGCUACGAGACAAGAAAGCGAACAAAAUGAAACGCCGACGACUUAUGAAAAGGAAAAAUUCUGAAAAAUCCAAACGAGAAAUCGGAAUAGAUCCCGGAGUGAACGAUCGGGCGCUUUUGGUCAUAUUUUCACGCACCGAUUCAGAUGACGAGUCUAAACCGAAAGCUAGUUUACUCCACACAGCAGAACAGUCCAAGUUUUUGUCACCCGCAGAAAUCCGAAAAGCAAAACGACAUAAAAAGCGAAGGAGUAAGAGAGGACAGAGGGAGCACGGCGAGUGGAAGACGCCGCUGUGCAGACGAGUGGAUCUGCACGUGGAUUUUAACCUGAUUGGAUGGGGCUCCUGGAUCAUAUUCCCCAAAAGGUACAACGCCUACAGGUGUGAAGGGGCGUGUCCAGGUCCGCUAGGGGAACAUCUCAACCCGACCAACCACGCCUAUAUGCAGAGUCUCUUCACACAUUUCCACUCGGGCAGCAUCUCCUCUCCGUGCUGCGCGCCCACCAGAACCAGCCCCCUGAGCAUGUUGUAUUAUGAGAGCGGAGAGAUGUUAUUACGGCAUCAUGAAGACAUGAUUGUGGACGAGUGUGGAUGUCAGUAA